CUAAGAGUUAAUUCCCUUUGGUGCGAGGAAUUAUGGGAAGGACAUGUGCUCUUCCUUUCCGGUUCAGCCAUUGCGAGGCCCAGGUCAAACAUAAGACGUCAAGAUGCAAAACGAAGCAGGCGAAUUCGUUGAUAUGUACAUCCCCAGAAAAUGCUCUGCAAGCAACCGCAUCAUUGCUGCAAAAGACCAUGCCUCCAUCCAGAUCAACCUAGCCAAUGUUGAUUCUUCAACUGGUCGCAUGACAGGCACCAACACCACCUACGCCAUCUGUGGGGCCAUCAGGAGGAUGGGAGAAUCUGAUGAUUGCCUGAACAGAUUGGGUAAGAGGGACGGCAUCGUUGCAAAGAACUUCUGAAGGUGAAGAAAUGGGGAAAAACAAAUGCCUGUAGAGUUGUUAUUGAAUAAAACUUAACAGGUGCAAAA